AUGCUUAGAACUAUUGCUAAACAAACACCAGCUAUUCGUUCGUUAGCAACAUUUGCGUCUCCAGAAUCCGUAUUACCCAAGAAAUAUGGUGGAAGAUUUACAGUGACUUUGAUUCCCGGUGACGGUGCAGGUCAAGAAAUCACAGAUUCCGUAAAGGCGAUUUUCAAAGCACAAAAUGUUCCAAUUGAUUGGGAAGUUGUUGAAGUGAGUGGUGUGGCCAGCGAAAGUGGACACCACGGAGUUAAUGAAGCUGUUGAAUCUCUCAAGAGAAACAAGGUUGGUUUAAAGGGUAUUCUUUACACACCAACUGAUAAAUCUGGAAAAUCUUUAAAUGUUGCUUUGAGAAAGGAAUUGGACAUUUAUGCCUCAUUGGUAUUGAUUAAGAACAUUCCUGGUGUCAAGGGUAUAUACGAUGGAGUUGAUUUUGCCUUGAUUAGAGAAAAUACUGAAGGUGAAUAUUCAGGUUUAGAGCACCAAUCGUACCCGGGAGUUGUUGAAUCUUUGAAAAUCAUGACAAGAUUCAAAUCUGAAAGAAUUGCUAAAUUUGCAUUUGAUUUUGCUUUAAAGAAUAACCGAAAACUAGUUACUGCGAUCCAUAAGGCUAAUAUUAUGAAGUUAGGUGAUGGGUUGUUUAGACAAACUGUUAAGGAUGUUGCUCAAAAUUAUAACGGAAUUGAGGUUAAUGAUUUGAUUGUUGACAAUGCCUCUAUGCAAGCCGUUGCUAAACCUCAACAGUUUGAUGUUUUGGUUACACCUAACUUGUACGGUUCUAUUUUGUCCAAUAUUGGUGCUGCAUUAAUUGGUGGACCAGGUCUAGUUCCAGGUGCCAAUUUUGGUAGAGAAUACGCUGUUUUCGAACCAGGUUGUCGUCAUGUUGGUUUGGAUAUCAAAGGUAAAAACACGGCAAACCCAACUGCAAUGAUUUUAUCAGCAACCAUGUUAUUGAGACACUUGGGAUUGAAUGAUCAUGCCGAUAUAAUUUCAAAAGCUACUUACAAUGUAAUUGAAGAAGGUCAAGUAAGAACUAGAGACAUUGGUGGUAAAUCGACAACUACCGAAUUUACAGAUGCAGUGAUUGAAAAAUUGGCAUAA